AUGAAGUACACAAUCCUUCUCUUAGUUUGGGUUCCUCCUGCAAAAGCAGAGCUGGAGAAAAAGGCUUUCAUUUGGGACUGUGAUCCCAGGGAGCAGGAUAGCAGGAGAGGGCUUGUGAAACAGGGAAGGAAAGAAACCAACACGAGUCUGCAUGCAUCAGCGUUGACGGCGGCGCUGAUGGCGGCGGGGACCACUGUGGCAUCACCCGCAUUGGACUUUGUGACACCGGGGCCGGGAAGUCCCAGAACCCGGCACUCGCCAGCUCGGUCUGGACGAGGACAGGAAGGAGGUGCAAAGAGUGAUUUCGAAACUAAAGGAGCCAUGACCCUCGGCAGCUUAGCUAAUAAAUUAGCCACCACUGAUACCUCGGAGCUCAACUCUCUAGUGCGGGAGCCGGAGAAGGAUGGGGCGCACACCAGCAAAAUCUUCCUGGACAAACAAGAGAAACAGCGGCAGUUCGAAAUGAAAAGGAAGCUUCACUACAACCAAGGACUGAACAUCAAAUUGGCCAGACAGCUGAUUUCCAAAGAUCUACAACGUGAGGAGGAGGAGGCUGAAAACAAAGAAAGUUGGCAUGCCGCCAGCCAAGACAAGACUACCAUCAUGGAAGAAUCAGAGGAAGGCCCCACCAGCAACGAGGAACUGCAGACCCAGUCAUUCUACGACGAGAAGACAACGUUUGAUCAACGCUGCAAUUGUUUGUCAGAUCCAAACCCUGUUACUAUAACCUGCGGCUUCUUGUUCUGUAGAGCUCAUGCUUCAAGUACUGAAAUACUUAUCAGUUAA